CAAAACCACAAUAUUCAGGGAAUGAGACUUGUCAUAUCAGCUCUAUGUGUUCUUGUGCUAUUCUCUUAUGCAGCUGCUUAUGAUCCUUUGGAUCCAAACGGAAACAUAACGAUCAAAUGGGAUGUUGUGUCUUGGACACCAGAUGGCUAUGUGGCAGUGGUAACAAUGAGCAAUUUCCAAAUGUUUCGGCACAUAACGAAUCCUGGAUGGACCUUGGGAUGGUCAUGGGCUAAGAAAGAAGUUAUAUGGACCAUGGUAGGAGCUCAAACCACAGAGCAAGGAGACUGCUCUAAGUUCAAAGGCAAUGUACCUCACUGCUGUAAGAAAACUCCCACAGUUGUAGACUUGCUCCCUGGUGUACCUUAUAACCAGCAAUUCUCAAACUGCUGUAAGGGUGGAGUGGUGGCAGCAUGGGGCCAAGACCCUUCAUCAGCUAUCUCAUCCUUCCAAGUGAGUGUUGGGCAAGGUGGUACUUCAAACAAGACAGUUAAACUCCCCAAGAACUUCACACUCUUGGCUCCAGGACCAGGCUAUACUUGUGGCCCUGCCAAGAUUGUUCCUUCCACCACUUUCCUUACACCUGACAAACGCCGCAAGACUCAAGCUCUGAUGACAUGGAAUGUUACCUGCACAUACUCACAAUUUCUGGCGAGAAAGAACCCAAGUUGCUGUGUAUCUAUGUCAUCCUUCUACAAUGAGACCAUUACCCCUUGUCCCUCUUGUGCCUGUGGCUGCCAGAACAAGAAGAAAAACUGUGUCAAGAUUGACUCUAAAGUUCUCAGCAUGAAAGGGGUUCAUACUCCAAAGAAAGACAAUGAACCACUGCUGCAGUGCACACAUCACAUGUGCCCAAUCAGGGUACACUGGCAUGUGAAGCUCAACUACAAGGACUAUUGGCGAGUCAAGAUCGCUGUAACAAAUUUCAAUUACAGGAUGAAUUACUCCCUCUGGACUCUUGCUGUUCAGCAUCCAAAUCUUAACAAUGUCACCCAAGUUUUCAGCUUUGAUUACAAGCCUUUGCUUCCCUAUGAGUCUAUAAAUGACACUGGUAUGUUCUAUGGCAUGAAAUACUUUAAUGAUCUCUUAAUGGAAGCUGGACCAACUGGGAAUGUUCAAUCAGAAGUGCUUCUUCGGAAGGACGGGGAUACGUUCACAUUCAAGCAGGGAUGGGCAUUUCCUCGCAAGGUCUACUUUAAUGGUGAAGAAUGCAUGCUGCCACCACCUGAUACCUACCCAUUCCUCCCUAAUUCUUCACCUGUAAACCUACUCAACUUCCCAGCAUUCGUUUUCUCUUUGCUUGUCUUGCUAGCUGUUUGGUGAAUUGGUACAUAAGCGAGUUGAGAUUGUUUUGUGAAAUUUUGAAGCCUAAGUAUCCCUCCACACAGAUAACGUGAUAGCAGGUAUGAAGACUACAGGCAUUCUUUGAAAAACAUCAAGCCAGAC